AUGUCCUGGAAGCUCACCAAAAAACUGAAGGAGACGCAUCUGGCUCCCCUCACUCAAGGGUUUGGCCGAUCGUCUUCCACCUCCACAAUCAAGGGCGAUUCCAACGGUGGUGGCGGUGAUGAAACACCGGUCACCCCCCAGGCCCCCAGCAUCGCCGCUACUCCCAGCAAUACUGCAAAUGGAAUUGAGGAAAGAUCGCCCACUGACUGCGUGCCUGAUGCUGCAACUAUAGCCAAUUCAGAGUUCCUCGUUUCUCCCCCUGUUAACCCGGUCAACCCGGGUAUUCUGAUUGUCACCCUCCACGAAGGCCGAGGGUUUGCUUUGUCUCCUCAUUUCCAGCAGAUUUUCAACUCUCAUUUCCAAAACAACUCCUAUGCCCCCUCUUCUUUGCGUCCGAGCACCUCUUCCUCGUCACACUCUUCACACGGACAAGCUGGUUCUUUCUCCAUGGCCGUUAUUCGACUAAAUACCUCUCCUUAUGCUCUUCUCGAUUUCGAAAAGAAUCAGGUUUUCGUGGAUGCUGUGUCUGGAUCUCCCGAAAACCCUUUGUGGGCUGGCGAUAACACUGCUUUCAAGUUCGAUGUGUCUCGGAAGACCGAGUUGAAUGUCCAGCUUUAUCUCCGCAAUCCUGCCGCCCGUCCUGGUGCCGGUCGCAGUGAAGAUAUCUUCCUUGGCGCCACGAAGGUUACACCACGCUUCGAGGAGGCAACUCAACCUUUUGUGGAGGACCCAAAACUCAGCAAGAAGGACAACCAAAAGGCCGCCGCUGCUCAUGCUGAGCAAGAACGGGCCUCUGGUCAGCAGGGUGCCGAAUGGCUGGAUCUCCAGUUCGGCAAUGGUUCAAUCAAGGUCGGCGUCUCGUUCGUUGAGAAUAGACAGCGCAGUCUGAAGAUGGAGGACUUCGACUUGUUGAAGGUCGUUGGUAAGGGAAGUUUCGGCAAGGUCAUGCAGGUCAUGAAGAAAGAUACCGGCCGAAUCUACGCCCUGAAGACGAUCCGCAAGGCUCACAUUAUUUCCCGGUCGGAGGUCACACAUACCUUGGCAGAGCGAUCGGUCCUCGCGCAAAUCAACAACCCUUUCAUCGUUCCUCUGAAGUUUUCUUUCCAGUCGCCAGAAAAGUUAUAUUUUGUUCUCGCAUUCGUCAAUGGAGGAGAGCUCUUCCACCACCUUCAAAGAGAGCAACGAUUCGAUAUCAACAGGGCUCGCUUCUACACUGCCGAACUUUUGUGUGCCCUUGAGUGCCUUCACGGAUUCAAGGUCAUCUACCGCGAUCUCAAACCCGAGAACAUUUUGCUUGAUUACACUGGCCAUAUUGCGCUGUGCGAUUUCGGUCUUUGCAAGCUGGACAUGAAGGAUGAGGACCGAACCAACAGUAAGAUUCAUUCUGCGGAACUCUCCGAAUAUCUUGCACCCGAAUUGCUUCUUGGCAAUGGUUAUAGCAAGACUGUUGAUUGGUGGACUCUUGGUGUCCUGCUUUACGAGAUGUUGACUGGUCUCCCGCCAUUCUACGACGAGAACACCAACGAGAUGUACCGCAAGAUUUUGCAAGAGCCCUUGACUUUCCCCAGCAGUGACAUCGUGCCUCCAGCUGCUCGAGAUCUUCUCACGCGCCUGCUGGAUCGCGAUCCUCAGCGCCGUCUUGGUGCCAACGGUGCCGUUGAAAUCAAGUCCCACCACUUCUUCGCCAACAUUGACUGGCGCAAGCUUCUUCAGCGGAAGUAUGAGCCCAGCUUCCGCCCUAACGUGCUGGAUGCUCGUGAUACUGAUAACUUUGAUCGCGAGUUCACUGAGGAGGCCCCACAAGACUCCUAUGUUGACGGUCCUGCGUUGUCAUCGACUGUGCAACAACAGUUUGCCGGCUGGUCCUAUAACCGACCCGUGGCCGGACUCGGCGAUGGCGGGGGUAGUGUCAAGGACCCGUCCUUCGGCAGCAUCCCGGAGUAA